ACACAACCCCAAUUUUAUCCACCACAUCCCUACCAAAAUCACCAAAACCAACCUCCACCAUAUCCAUACACAUACCCUUAUCCUUACCCACCUCCUCCGUUUAUACACCCAUAUCAACCUCACCCAUAUGGCCAAUAUUACCAACACCCACAUAAUCAACAAGGUCAAGGGCAGUUCAUGAGACAACAACAACAACAACAAGGAAGAAGACUUCUUGAUUAUGUUGCAGGUGAAAUUGAGGAACAAGAUAGCAUUCUAUAUCCAGGUGUGGAUGCAGCAAAUUUUGAGAUCAAACCAGCACUUAUCUCAUUGGUCUCAGCCAACAAAUUUGGCGGAUCAAAGAAUGAAGAUCCGACGAGCCAUGUGAAGCAAUUCUUGAGAGUUCUCCAAACUCUUAAGCUUAAUGGAGCCUCUGUUGAUGCCAUCAGACUCAGAUUGUUUCCAUUCUCACUGAGGGAUGAAGCAUUGAGUUGGUUGAACUCUAAACCAUCCGGUUAUUUCAACACAUGGGAGAAGUUGCAUAGAGAUUUCAUGAAGGAGUUCUAUCCUCCUUCUAAGGCAUCAAAAAUGAAGAAACUGAUCCAACAAUUCAGACAACAACCAUCUGAAUCUCUUUACGAAUCAUGGAAGAGAUUCAAAGAUCUUCAAGUUCAAUAUCCACAUCAUAAUAUGAGCAUGGGUGAUCUCAUUGUCUCAUUUUAUGAAGGAUUACAUGAUAAUUCCAAAAUUGUUGUGGAUGCCUCUGCUAAUGGAGCUUUCAUGGAGCUUGAUCCUCAAACUGGAAAAGAGAUGCUUGAGAAAAUUUGCAACAACAGUGCAUCAUGGUAUUCUGAAAGAUCCACUCAAAAGCUAGGAGCGGGAAUUUAUGAGGUUGACCAAACAACAGCUUUAACAGCAAAGGUUGAUUCUCUCACAAACAUGAUCCAAAAGCUCACUGAGAAGCAAUCAUCAUCAACUUCUAGCACAUCAACAAAUCCAUCAUCAUCUUUAGCUCAAGUUUUGUUCUGUGAACUCUGUGGAGGAGGGCAUUCUUUUAAGGAAUGCAAUCUUCUAGAACUUACACAAAACGUUCCUUCUGGCCCCACAGUAGAACAAGCCGAUGCUAUAUAUGGUAGACCUCAAGUACCAUAUCAAGGAAACUAUAAUCCUCAAGGGAAGACACAUCCAGGAUUUUCAUGGAGUAACCCAUCAGGUGCAGCAAAUUCACCAUAUCCAUCCAAACCAACACCUCCUGGAUUUCAAAAUCAGCAAGGGUACCCACCGCAACAGCAAUUACCACCACCACCUCAGCAACAACAACAAUUUGUUGGAGUUAAUGACUUCCAGAGAAUGAUGCAAGGUAUCACUAAUCAAUUCUCUCAACUCACCGCUCAACUCAAUCAAAUUCAAGCUCACAACAAAAUGCUUGAGAGCCAGAUUGCUAGUUUUGCUUCACCAUCAACUAGCAAAGCUCAAGGAAAGUUGCCUGCCUACUCUGAACAUCCCAGGGAGAAUGUCAGUGCAAUCACUACAAGGAGUGGAAAACAACUUUCUGAUCCACCACUUGUAGUUGAGAAAGAGAAGAUACCUGAAAAAGAGACUUCACCACUAAAGGAGAACAAUGAAGAAGAUCUGAAUUCUCACUCACAUGAAGGCAAGAAAAAGGUAGUACAACCAUAUGUUCCACCUUUACCAUUUCCUCAUAGAGCAAAGAAAAACACAAUUGAUGAGAGGAGGGAUAAAUUCCUUAAAUGGAUCGGUCAACUCAACACAACAAUCCCACUUCUUGAUGCUCUAAAACAUAUGCCUUCAUAUUCCAAAUUUCUAAAGGAAAUUCUUUCAAACAAGAAGAAGUUUGAGGAGAAAGCUACCGUAGCCAUGAGCGAGGGAUCCAGUGCUAUCAUUCAAAGGAAACUUCCAGAAAAAUUGAAGGAUCCAGGUAGCUUUACUAUUCCAUGCAUAAUUGGAGGGUUCAUGGUUAACAAAGCUUUAUGUGACCUUGGGGCUAGUGUUAGCCUUAUCCCUUAUUCUAUGAGCAAGCGCCUUAGUCUUGGUAUUCCCAAAGCUACUUCAAUGACCAUUCAGCUUGCUGACCGAUCUGUUAAGUACCCUGUUGGCAUUCUUGAAGACAUUCCUGUACAGGUUGGAAAAUAUUUCAUCCCUUGUGACUUUGUCGUCCUAGACAUGGAUGAAGAUGAGCGAGUACCUGUCAUAUUGGGAAGACCUUUCUUGGCCACUGCUGGUGCCAUCAUUGAUGUUAAAAAGGGUACAUUAAAAAUUGAAGUAGGGGAUGAAAGGGUUGAGUUUAAUAUUUUCCAAACGGUGAAAAAUCUUGCACGUGUGGAAGAUUGUUGGAGGAUUGAUAUAGCUGAUGAAUCUGUGAGAGACUUCACAAGAAUCUUUCACAAGGAUCCUAUGGAGGUUUGUGUUGUGGAGGAAGUCGAAAAAGAUCACGAGGAUGAAGAGUUAGUGGAGCGUGUAAAAAAGAAAGAGAGUUGUAAAAGCUUUCACGAGGGGAAGGAAGUGAAAAAACGGAGGAAGGGAGGAAAAUUGCUAUCAGUGGCCAAAGAGUUAAGAAAUAUUCUCAAGGAGAGGACGCAAAGAAGAAACUCAUUGUUCGACUGGAUCAUCCUCCGUAUGAGUAAACCAAUCAGGUAAUGUCGGGCACACGACGUUAAAAAUAGCGCUUCUUGGGAGGCAACCCAAGUUUAUUUACUUGCAUUUGAAUGUGUGUUUUGCUUGUGUGUUUGCAUUGAAUAAUUUUAUUUUCCCACCCAUUUACUCACCCGCCCUGUAUAUAUUUGUCACAUCGAGGACGAUGUUUCAUCCUAAGUGUGGGGGGAGAAUAUGCAUGUUUGUUUGUUUGUUUGUGAAUUGCCUUAUCAUCUGUUUAACUUUCAAAUCAUGCAUUCUAUUCUUUCACAUGGUAUGUGGAUUGUUGGCUGGACUUGUCUCUUAAUAAUUGGAUUGAGAAUCAUAAUUUUUGAGCGUUGAGUAAAAUUUUGGUCAAAUUUUAAACUUUGUACAAACACAAAACAUCUCAUGCACGUAAAUGGUUAUCUAAUGAAACUGUUGUUCAAUAUGUUUAAAAUUGUGCAAAACAAGAGUACUAUGUGCUUUUAUUUUCCUUGACAUGAUUUUCUGACUUGGCACAUUAGGAAAUGAUAUAGGCCAUUUUUCAUAAACCCAUAUACCUAGCCUUACCCAUGUGAUAAAUAUCCCUUGUUCAACCCCUUUGAGCCAUUUUUUAUAAGCGUUAUACGCUUAACCCUGUUUUUCUCAUUUUCUUUCAUAAAAACCUGUUAUAUGUGACCCUUAGCCUAAAAGCCAAACACUUUCCAACCACCCUAGAAUGAACUUGCAUAAAUUUUAAUGAGUUUAGAGAGUGUUAUUUACAUUUGGGAGCUUCAAUUACACUUUUGUGAUUACUUAGUUGUUAAUAUUCAUUUAUAGGGGUAGUUGUUCUUGUUGUAUCAUCAUUGUACAUAUUGUUCUUGUAAAUUCUUAUGGUUAGAAGCACUAAAAAGCCUUGAGCAAAAACAAAAAAAUCAAAAACAAAAAAAAAACAGCAAAAAAAGAAAAAAAAAAGAAAAUGAAAAAAAAAAAAAAUCUAAACAAGGCUAAAUAUCCAUGUAUAUGCUUCUCUCUUUUGUAUAUUUUUCUUGUACAUUAAUUUACUCUUUUUACUAGUUACUACCCCUAACUGUUAAAAAUAACAAGUGUUGUAUAGAUUAUUGUCAAAAGCUCCUACUCACAACUUAGUACCUCUCUAAUAUUGUUAAAUUUAUGUCAAGUUCAUUUCUUUUGUUUCCUCAUUAAUUCCCUUUGUUCAUAAGCCUAUCCCACAAACCCCAUUAUAACCCUAUGUGAAAGUCCUAACUGAUCCUAAUUGUGUUUUGUCUGAAAUAAGUUGAUAGGAGAAUCUUAUUUUGCAUAAUUUUGCAUGGUUGAACAAACGAAGCUAGAUUCCAUUUUCACACCACACACUUUGUGUUUGUUAGAGUUGAGAUUUGACCAAAACGUUUCAAAUGAUAUGCAAAAUAUUUUUAUGAUUCUCACUUCUCUUAUUUUGUGACAAGUCAAGGGAAUUUGAUUAAACAGGUGGAGUGAAAGUAAAG